UGGUUGGCUGUGAAGUAGACGGACUGUAUCGUCUCUCCACAAACAGACACAAUAAAGUUCCGAAGCCGGUCUGCUGGAUCUUGGAGGCGCAAGAGCUGAUCGCCGGAUCUGCGCCUUUUUUUUCACGGAAUCUACAAGGAAGAGAUGAUUUGUUUUGGCCUGCAGCGGCAUGUGCAGUUUUUAGGUGAACAGGUUUUUAUAUUCGUUUCGGCGUUCUCUCUGGACGUAUGCAGCAUCUAUUAAACGCUCCGGAUAGGAUAAGGUGACCUACCACCAGGGACGAAGCCCGGGCGCGUUGGACAGUUCGGACUUUUUUCCAAGGCGAGGUUUUUAAAAGGAAUAAGAUUGCAAAAGACGGCGACUCCGUUUUGGAGUGAGCAUGCAGGGGGUUCUGGUGUCGCUCACUCGGGCAGUCGUGCUCCUCCUGUUCGGACUGCUCGCUCCGCCGUGCGUGGUGCGCGGCUUCGGCGAUGAAGUGGAGGAGAUGACCUGCGACCCCAUCCGGAUCAGCAUGUGCCAGGGUUUGGGAUACAACGUCACCAAAAUGCCCAAUCUGGUCGGCAACGUGCUUCAAUCUGACGCCGAACUGCAGCUGACCACGUUUACGCCGCUCAUCCAGUACGGCUGCUCCAGCCAGCUCAAGUUCUUCCUGUGCUCAGUCUAUGUGCCAAUGUGCACGGACAAAGUGCCAAUUCCUAUUGGACCUUGUGGCAGCAUGUGUUUGUCUGUCAAGAGAAAAUGCCUGCCAGUGCUUCAUGAGUUUGGUUUCAUUUGGCCAGAGGUGCUCAACUGCAGCCUUUUCCCGCCUCAGAAUGACCACAACCACAUGUGCAUGGAGGGUCCGGGGGAUGAGGAUCCGCCGUAUUACCGCCAUCCUCCGCACCAGGAGGAGUGUCAGGCCUUGGGAUCCGCACCCGACCAGUACACAUGGCUGAAGCAGACGGAUAGCUGUGCACUCCAGUGCGGCUAUGACAGCGGGCUCUACAGGCGCGGGGCCAAAGUGUUCACGGAUGCCUGGAUGGCGGUAUGGGCUGUGCUCUGCUUCCUUUCCACCACUUUAACGGUCCUGACCUUUCUGUUGGAUUCCCAACGAUUCUCCUACCCUGAGAGGCCCAUCAUCUUCCUGUCCAUGUGCUGCAACUUGUACAGUGUUGCCUACUUGGUCCGAUUGACUCUGGGUCGGGAACGUGUGUCAUGUGACCUGGAUGCCACCGAAGUUCCUAUUCUCGUGCAGGAAGGACUGAAGAGCACCGGCUGUGCCAUCGUCUUUCUCCUGCUCUACUUUUUUGGCAUGGCCUCCUCUCUCUGGUGGGUGAUCCUGACCCUGACAUGGUUCUUGGCUGCGGGAUUAAAGUGGGGCCAUGAGGCUAUUGAAAUGCACAGCUCCUACUUCCACAUAGCGGCUUGGGCCAUCCCAGCUGUUAAAACCAUUGUCAUUCUUAUAAUGAGAUUGGUGGAUGCUGACGAUCUGACCGGCCUAUGCUAUGUUGGCAACCUGCAGCAGGAGGCGCUCACGGGCUUUGUCGUGGCGCCGCUAGCGACCUACCUUCUUAUAGGUACGCUAUUCAUCUGCGCUGGUCUCGUAGCGCUUUUCAAGAUCCGCUCCAAUUUGCAGAAGGAUGGCGCCAAGACAGACAAGCUUGAGCGUUUAAUGGUGAAGAUCGGAGUGUUUUCUGUUCUCUACACGGUUCCAGCAUCCACCGUGAUUGGCUGUUACCUCUACCAACUUUCCCACUGGGAGGACUUCAAAGCCACCACGCAAGACUCGUACGUUGCAUCGGAGAUGCUUCGAAUCUUCAUGUCACUGCUCGUGGGCAUCACCUCGGGCAUGUGGAUCUGGUCAGCCAAGACCCUGCACACGUGGCAACGUUGCUCCGCCCGCUUAAUCAAGGACAGUAGGGUGGGUCGAGGAGGCAAGCGAGGACCAGGCAAUGGUUGGAUUAAACCGGGGACAGGCAACGAGACAGUGGUGUGAGGAGAAAGAAUGCACAUGACUGGACUUGCUUCUUGAGCUCACUGACGCUCGCCCUGACAAAAGGAGGAUGUCAUACAAACCACUGGAUGUGAACGACGCUGGGAAAUAUCUCAGAGUCCACACACGCGUGUCUAUCUCUGUGUCUCCCACAGUGGUUGAUAUUUCCUUUAAGUGCCGGAGUUCGGCGAGAAGGGUGGACGGGUUCAAAAACUAGCAGCAACAGUAGCCCCGUGAACUCUCUUAAGACAUUUUCCAGCUCAGAGAGAGCUGGAAAAUGGAGGAGGAAUAAAGACAUAGCAGGCAGCAUUGAAACAUUAACGUGAAAAUUGGACACAAAAUAAGCUGUGUGGUGCCACGUCUACCUCUGCCUCAAUUUUCUGCUCAGCGCCAGUGACUGAACUGCUGGGUAGAAUAACCCCUCUACCUUAAAGGCCUUCGAAGGCCGUUGAUGAGUCCGUGUACAGAUGGUAUUCCGAUACCGGCGGAGGUUUCCCAAAGAGCCUGGUGUCUUUCUGUAUAAAACGGAAUGGGAAAUGGAAAAGACAUACCAGACCAAAAGUGAGUCAAGUCAAAUGGCCUUACAUUUCUAAAAUGUUUACAUUUCAGCAAGGGUUAGUUAGUUAUUUGAUUGACACCAGCUUCAAUCUGUAUUAAUGCAGUCUAAUUAAAAACAUGAAGUGUCCGUGCCUGCCACAAGUGCAUUAAUUUAAACAGCAGACUGAUUCAUAAAAACUCACCAGCGCAGAUAUCCGUUUUGUUCCGAAGAUGCUGCAAUAAGAACACCAUCGAGUAUCAAUUACAUGAUGACUCCAAUGAAUCAGACGUAACCACAGUAUGUAAACAUGACAAUGGGUUGAGUUGUGCACGUAUUGAAAUUCUGAGUAUGACAUUUGUGAAAAAAGGCGGGGGAAAAAAAAUACAUUUGCAGAGUACCUGUAAUUAUGUUAUGACAUUUUCCCCGGAGAGAUUUGGUUAGAAACCUGUUGUCUGAGAAUUGUCAUGGAGGCGAACGACAUCAAAUUACAUUUCACUAAGUGGCCAAUAUGAAGCCAAUCGCUUGCAUCCGAAAAACAAAAGUCAAGUUGCUUAUGGGGCAAUUUGUGGAAGCUCAGCCUGAUUGGGUAGAAAGCUCUCAUCUUUUCGGAGCCACCUUUUUUUUUUUCAAUGGGUUCAAUCUCCUGGGAGCCUUAUGUGCUCACAGAUUAAUGAGCAGUCCAGGAAAUUAAAGCUGUGCCUUUUCCAAACAUUAGCCAGAAUUCAACCUUAUUAGAAAAUCGCUUGCCAAAAGACACAAAGUUCAAUACUAUAUAGCUGUUGCAAACACAUGCCCUCAUGCAGCUAUGCAUUGAAACACUUGGAAGAAGAACCAAAUCCAAAUGCCAUAUUGAUCUCUUUUGGGGUAAAAUACAUAAUAUCAGUUCCAGGUGAUCAUUUCGGGGUCAACUGAAUCAUCCAUAAAGUUCCAUAAAGACAUUAGAGAAACAACUUGUUCCAGUGACAUGUGUCAGGACUGCAUCGUGGCCAUCCUGGACAAUCAAGCCACUCCUUGAAAAAAAACAAAAAAAACAAAUGUUCAAUGCAUUUGAGAAUUGAAAAGUCAUUUGUUCACAAGUAUCACAAUCACCAUGCGUUAGUGCAGCAUUCAUCAAUGUACACACGCUGAGUGUGUUUGCACGACAAUCGAACGAAGCACUUGCGUUUCAGUGAGUCUCGGAAUGUAUAUUUGUAAUGUGUGUCAGUUACAUUUAGUCCUCGUACAAGCGCAGAGUCCAACGUAGGAAAUUUCAAGUGAAAAAGGGCCUAUGAUAAUAGCAUUCAGCGCGUCAUGAGAAACUAGAUAGUCCUUCACAUUGCUGUCACGUGCGUUUUGAGGUAAAGCUGCAGAAGUAGGUGAAGAUAUCGGUUGACAGACUUAUGUUGUGUCUCGGCCUACCAAGGGAAAUGAGACCUUGUAGAUAUUUCUAAAUAUUGUGGUGAACCUGAGAAGCCUGGAGCAGCCACCAGUGGUCCUCCAAUGCGGCAUACCUUGGCACCCUGAUUAGAUUUCCAAAGUCAAACAAACAUUGCAUUGAGCUAAAGUGAAUUAAGCAAAGCUCUGACCACCAUCCGCCUGAGCUAAUGCAGUUUCCCUUUUCUCAUAACGUUUGGCGGCCACCUCCCUUAUGACCGCACUGUGCCUCCCAUGAUGUUUCAAACAAUAACAGAGUAGUUAAGUUACUCUGACACGGGCCACAUUAAAAAAUAAAAAAAUCACUGGCAAUAAGAUGUGUAAAUGUUGAGAUGCCCAGAUAUGAGUCAAUGUUGGUUUUAGUUGAACAUUUGUUGGUCUUAGCCUAUAAGAUCUAAGAAGUGUGGAGAGAUGAUCAGUGUAUUAUCGGAAAAAUGUUAAUUUAUCCUUGUAAAAAGAGAUAGAAUUUUAAAAACCCGUUUGUUAUUUAAAUGACACUUUUGUAUCAGAAGACGAAUAAAAAAAAAAAAAGCUUUGGUUACCAAAAGGGUAUGUUUUCAGUGUGUGUACGUCCCUUCAUGUGGGUAUAUCGCAACAAAUUGACAGCAUGAAAAAGUUCUUGGGUUCGUGAUACCA